AGGCAGGGGCAGAGGUGGGAAGAUCAGUACAAGGUCAGGGCCGGAUUGGUCUACACAGCAAGUUUCUGAUCAACCAAUGCUACAAAACAAGACCUUGUCUCCAAAACCAAAAGGAACAGUAACAAAAAGUGGGUGAGUGGUGUGGAAACAUGGCCUCUGGGUUCUUAGCUCAAGACUUGCUCUCCACUCAUCUUUCCAUACUUCUCAGAGCUGUCCUUCUUGCAAAAGACCAAGGUUGAAGUUGAGGGUUUGGUGUCAGAGGAGAUGGUGACAUUCAAGGAUGUGGCCGUGGUCUUCAGCGAGGAGGAGCUGGAGCUUCUGGACGCUGUCCAGAAGAAGCUGUACUGUGACGUGAUGCUGGAGAACUUCAGGAUUGUGGUGUCCCUGGGGCAUCAGAUCAUGACUCCAGAUGUUUCACUCCAGCUCAAGAGAGAAGAUGUGCUUUGGAUGUUGACGAUGGUCAGUCGGAACUGUGAGUCUGCAGGAGCCAGGAAUCUGAAUGAGAAGGAAUCCCUUCAGGAGGCAGGAUGGAGGCUCCUGCCCCGGGAGGAGCUUUUCUGCUCACGCAUCUGGCAACGAGUUACCAGGGAGUUAACCCAGGGUCGAGACUGCAGGGGGAAGGAUGGAGGAACCGGCUCUGCGUUGGGGAAACCGGAUGCUGUACAGAGCGAAGGAGCGGAGCUCAGGAAACUUUCCAGUCAGAAUUCAUUUCUUCAAGUUCGCCAUGGAGAAUGCCGCGAAGGAGCGGAGCUCAGGAAACUUUCCAGGAGGAAUUCAUUUCUUCAAGUUCACCAUGGAGAAUGCCGCGAAGAAGAGGCAUGUGAGGAAGAUGCUGGUUGCAGCCGUCAUCUUCCUGCCGUUCCAGGAGAGAAGGCCUCCAAGUGUGGAACUGGGACAACCUUCCGUCGGGUCUCCAGUCCUCAGUCCCAUCAGAGAGCGCAGAGACACAGAUCGACCCAGUCUGACGCACUGUUUAAAAAUCUCAGUCAAAGGCCACUAUUUCAGUGUCAUCAGAGCGUCCCCACUGAAGAAAACUCAAACGAAUAUGAGGAGUGUGGGAAGCUUGGGAAAGACUCACAUGGUCAGACCCCCCUGUUAGUCCACACAGGAGAUGAGGCCUAUAACUGUGAGGAGUGUGGGGCAGGCUUCAAUCAAAGCUCGUGUCUUCAAGUCCACAGAGUCCACGCUGCAAAGAAGCCUUAUAAGUGUGAAGAGUGUGGGAAGGGCUUCAAUGUAGGCUCACACCUCCAAGCUCAUCAGAGAAGCCACGCCAGAGAGAAACCAUACAAAUGUGAGGUGUGUGGGAAAGGCUUCUGUGGGGCCUCUAAUCUUCUGGACCAUCAGCGAGGCCACACUGGAGAGAAGCCUUACCAAUGUGGUGCUUGCAGGAAAGGCUUCAGUCGGAGUUCUGAUUUUAACAUUCAUAUUAGAGUCCACACGGGAGAGAAACCCUACAUCUGUGAGGCGUGUGGGAAGGGCUUCAGCCAGGCCUCUCUUCUUCUGGCCCACCAGAGGACCCACACUGGGGAGAAACCCUACAAAUGUAACACGUGCGGGAAGGGAUUCAGCCGGAGUUCCGAUCUGAACGUUCAUUGUAGAAUCCACACAGGAGAGAAACCCUAUAAAUGUGAGAAGUGUGGGAAAUCCUUCAGUCGGGUCUCGAUUCUCCAGGUGCAUCAGAGAGUCCACAGUGAGGAGAAACCAUAUCAGUGUGCAGAGUGUGGGAAGGGCUUCAGUGUAGAGUCACACCUGCAAGCCCACCAGAGAUCCCACACUGGAGAAAGACCCUAUCAAUGUGAGGAGUGUGGAAAAGGUUUCUGUCGGGCAUCCAAUUUUCUAGCUCACCGUGGAGUCCACACAGGAGAAAAACCAUUCCCGUGUGACGUGUGUGGAAAACGCUUCCGGCAGAGGUCCUACCUCCAAGACCACCACAGGGUCCACACUGGAGAGAAACCGUACAAGUGUGAGGAGUGUGGGAAAGUCUUCAGCUGGAGCUCCGGGCUCCUGGUUCACCAGCGAGCCCAUGCUGAGGAGGAAUGUGGUAAGGGCCUUUCUUCAUCUGAGGAUUCAUACAGGAAAUAAGCUCUACAAGCUUACAUUUUAAUAUCUCAAGAGAAUGCUGAACUCUCUGGUCUGAGCUGUCAAAGGGCACAGGAAAGUUAUCUCAUAAUUGGGAACGUAUAUUAGCUAGAGCCACAGUGGACUGUCACAGUGUUUGGGAGACCAGACAUGAGAGGAACUAGUCAGAAUGGACCUUUUGUCGUUUCAUCCAGAACCUUGACCCUUAUCAGAUCCAUCUGUGCAGACAAGAUGCCCAGGAAAGAUGAACCUGGCCUGGAAUUAACUAGAAGCACAAGCCUGUUCAAUAGGAUUUAAACUCCAGUAGAAUGGAGACAACAUUCACAGCCAAAUCUGACCCACGUUUUUAAUGCCUCACCUGUUGGGUGCUUUCUAGCCCCACAGGGUUUGUUAUGGGACUUGGUCUCAUGUACCCCAGGGAACUCCUGAUCCUCCUGCCUCCACCUCCAUAGUGCUGAGAUCAUAGACACACACCACCACACCCAGCACUUAGCUAAUUGUUCACUGGGCCAGACCGGAUUUGUUGAAUUCCAAAUUCAAAUCCACAAGUCUUUUUUCCUUGGCUCGAAUCACCAUAUGUUAACGAACAUGCAAUUACCAUUAAGUAUCACCAAGAAUGUGAGUGGGUGGAAAUUGCAGGGUAUCGUGUACCUGCCAGUCAGCUGUGCUGUGGUGGCAGUUGUUGUUAUUGCUUUGGACAUUUCCUCAGCAUAAAAAUAGAUUAUUGCUACAACCCCGUGACCCGUUACCUGGGUAUUUAAGUUGUUAAAAUUCUGAGAUAGAAUAUCAACUCUACUUAACACCUGUUGAGAUGUCACUAGGUCAGGUGUUAUGGCACAGGUUAGUUAUCUCAUGAUCUCAACACUCUAGAGGUAGUGACUGUAGGGAGUCAAGAGUUCAAGACCAACCUCAGCUACAUAGGGAGAAUGGGGCCAGCCUGGGCUUACUUAGAUCCUGUCCCCAAAACCACCACCUCAAUUCCCUCCACAAAAAAAAAUCCAAAAAAGUUAUCAAGAUGAGAAAACGGGAAAUUAUUGUGGCAAAGAAAAGAGCCUCCCACACUGUCUCAUUUUGUUGUGUUUAAUCAUUUGUCUGGGAGACUCGUGUGUGUGUGUGUGU